AUGCAAUCAACACAACCAAUUCAACUAUACGGUCCACAAACCAUGCCUAAGCCAUCAUUGGCACCUAUUUCAAUCCACCCCACUCAGCAGGUUCCUGGUGGUGUACGUCCAUCAAUGCCACCAUCACCACCAUGCACUCCACAACCCAAGCAGGAGUUGACUGUGGCAGCACGUUCCCUUAUGCAUCAUCCUUUGCACCCCGAGUUUGUCGGCAAAUAUUCACUCGGUGAAGAACUCGGUAGUGGUGGAUUCGGCUUUGUUGUAUCGGCAACCGAGCGACAUACGGGCAUCGAAAGAGCCGUCAAGUUUAUCUUCCGUCAUAAGGUACCUGCUCAUUCAUGGGUCCGUGAUCCUGAGAUUGGCCCUGUACCCAUGGAAGUUUAUGUCCUCAAGCAUGUGCGCCAUGAAAAUGUCGUCAACUUUGUUGACUUUUACCAAGAUGAUGCUUUCAUUUACCUUGUUAUGGAGUUGCAUGGCACCCAAUGGUCAGCUUCAGCUCUCGACAACAAGAACAACAAUCUUGCUACAGGACAACAACAACAUCUUUCACCACCCCCACAUUCACCCGCCUUGUCACAAGCCUCUGAAGAUUCAUGCCCCUCAUCUCCAGAGACGCCCACUGAAGAGUACCCUACUCCUCGUUUGUAUACAAGACGCACCUCGUGCGACUUGUUUGAAUGCAUCGAACGACACCACAACUUUGAUGAAGCCCUUGCCAAAAAGAUCUUCCGUCAAAUUGUUGAAUGCAUCGCCUAUCUCGACACGCUCGGCAUCUGCCACCGUGACAUCAAGGAUGAGAACAUUGUGAUUGAUGACCAAUACAAGGUCAAGCUCAUUGAUUUUGGUUCUUCUGUUAUCCUGCCACGCCAUUAUGGCCAAAACAAGACUUUUUACUUUAACAAGUUUUACGGCACCGUGUCCUUUGCAUCACCCGAAAUUCUCAUGUGCAAGCCUUAUCGUGCUGAACCUGCAGAGAUUUGGGCAUUGGGUGUGUUGAUGUACACAAUCCUCUUUGGUGAAGUCCCUUUUACAAGUCCUAGCAUGGCUAUCGCUGGUCGUUUUGCCACGCCUAAAAUCAAGGUAUCAAGCAAGUGCAUGCAUUUGCUAUCCUUCAUGCUGCAACGCAACCCGGAGAAGCGUCCCAGCAUCCACCAAAUCCUUACACAUCCUUGGUUCCGUGACCUCUAA